CCCAACACGCCCUUUGGCUUAGACCACAUUCCACUUGCUAAGACCAUUAUCUUUCCCUCAGGACCCACCCAGAGAAUUUCUCUACCACUUUGGCCUCGUGUGUUCCUCCUUCGGCGACCCUAACACAUACAAUAACUGUUUUACCCUAAAAUUUAAUUCAAGUAAAUUAAAAAACCUACCUAAUGAACCAACAACAUGGAUAAAAACGUGGACCCUUAUUCCAUUUGAGAGGGAGCUGGAUUGUCUGGUUCACUUGGCCCUUGGAAAACUGACCCCUUGAUUUGCCUGAUGGGAUGCUGCCUCCCAAGGAGCUCUGUGGUAGAUUCUGUUAUCUGUUCAUCCUGGCAACGAUACAGUCAGGCUCCAGCAAAUACCUGGCUGUUCCUGUAGGUUUUGUGGGCAGCAGGGAAGGCAUUGAGGUCAAGGUACACAGUAGGUGCUGCUCACAUACUAGAUCCUUUCCCUUCCUAAGGAAGUCAAAGCCUGAACUACAAACUCUUAAAUAGCUGACUUCUCUGGCAGUGCCCACACCUAAUAAGUACUCAGAAAAAAGUUAUUGAAUGAAUGAGUGUUCUUGUCUCUGUGUAUCUGCGGUCUCUCUGUGCAUAUAAUAUGCAGGUUUUCCUUGGCCACUGGUAUGCUCAGUAUCUGUGGCCUUAAGACUCUUGAUUUGACUCUGUAGACCUGCACCAUCCAAUAUGGUAGCCACUAACUACAUGUGGCUGUUUACCUUUAAAGUUCAUUAAGAUUCCGUAGAAUCGAUUCCGUUCCCCUGUGCACUAGCCACAUUUCCAGUGCUCGGUGGCCACCUGUGGCCAUAGUGGUCAUGGAGCAUUGCCAUCACGGCAGAAAGUCUCACUGGACACAGGACUGCUCUGUGCCUUUCUGGGCACCAGCUUAUGGAUCUCCUUUGUCUGUGUUCGCAGUGCAGCUGCCUGCUUCAGGAAGGGAGGUCUACGGGAACAAGGAGAAUCUUCAGGGACAGCCUCGCCUUGUGACAUGCCUGAUCCCUCACUUCAGGCCCUGCAGCAUGAACAAGGUGGACACUCACUGACCUGUCACAAGGCUGCCCCACAGAGCUUUGGGGUCCAUGUCUGAAUGGAUUGCUGUAGCCUUCUCAUCUCUCCCUUCGCCCAGUUCCCUGCAUCCUAAGACUCGAAGCCAGCACAGGACCUGGAAAGAUUACAUGGUCUGAACGGCAUGUCUGUGGAUGAGAAGCCUGACUCCCCCAUGUAUGUGUAUGAGUCCACAGUCCACUGCACCAACAUCCUCCUGGGCCUCAAUGACCAGCGGAAAAAGGAUAUUCUCUGUGACGUGACUCUGAUUGUGGAGAGGAAGGAGUUCCGGGCCCACCGGGCUGUGUUGGCUGCGUGCAGUGAAUACUUCUGGCAGGCGCUGGUCGGACAGACGAAAAAUGACUUGGUGGUCAGCUUGCCGGAGGAGGUCACGGCCAGGGGCUUCGGGCCGCUGCUGCAGUUCGCCUACACCGCCAAGCUGCUGCUCAGCCGGGAAAACAUCCGCGAGGUCAUCCGCUGCGCCGAGUUCCUGCGCAUGCACAACCUGGAGGACUCCUGCUUCAGCUUCCUGCAGACCCAGCUGCUGAACAGCGAGGAUGGCCUGUUCGUGUGCCGCAAGGACGCGGCCUGCCCGCGCCCCCACGAAGACCAGGAGAACUCGGCGGGGGAGGAGGAGGAGGAAGAGGAGGAGGAGACGAUGGAGUCGGAGACGGCCAAGAUGGCCUGCCCCAGGGACCAGCCGCUCCCACACCCCGGCAGCUUCGAGCCCACGGCCGUCCCGGGAGCCCAGAAGGAAGAGGCUUUGCUGGCGCCCGAGGCCGACGGGCCCACGGACACCAAGGAGAGCUCCGAGAAGGACGCGUUGACGCAGUACCCGCGAUACAAGAAAUACCAGCUCGCAUGUACCAAGAAUGUCUACAAUGCAUCCUCACACAGUACCUCAGGUUUCGCAAGCACAUUCGGUGAAGACAGCUCCGGCCACAGCCUCAAGCCCGGGCUCGCCGUGGGGCAGAUCAAAAGCGAGCCGCCCAGUGAGGAGAACGAGGAGGAGAGCAUCACGCUCUGCCUGUCCGGGGACGAGCCUGACGCCAAGGACCGAGCGGGGGACGUGGAGAUGGACCGGAAGCAGCCCAGCCCCGCGCCCGCCCCUGCGCCCCCCUCGGGGGCCGCCUGCCUGGAGAGGUCCAGGACCCUGGCCUCCCCCUCCUGCCUGAGGUCUCUGUUCAGCGUAACAAAAAGUGCGGAGCUGUCUGGCCUGCCCGGCACAUCUCAGCAGCACUUUGCCAGGAGUUCCGCGUGCCCGUUCGACAAGGGCAUCACUCAGGGUGACCUUAAAACUGACUACGCCCCCUUCGCGGGGAAUUAUGGACAGGCCCACGGGGGCCAGAAGGAUGCGUCCAGCCUCCCGAUGGGGUCGCCCCUCAAGGGCCCUGGGGUGGAGGCUCUCUGUAAGCAGGAAGGAGAGCUGGACCGGAGAAGUGUCAUCUUCUCCUCGAGCGCUUGUGACCAAGUGAGCACUUCGGUGCAUUCGUAUUCUGGGGUAAGCAGUCUGGACAAAGACCUCUCUGAGCCGGUGCCAAAGGGUCUGUGGGUGGGGGCUGGCCAGUCCCUCCCCAGCUCGCAGGCCUACCCCCACGGUGGGCUGAUGGCCGACCACUUGCCAGGAAGGAUGCGGCCCAACACUAGCUGCCCGGUGCCAAUCAAGGUCUGCCCUCGCUCGCCCCCCUUGGAGACCAGGACCAGGACUUCCAGUUCGUGCUCCUCCUAUUCCUACGCGGAGGACGGGAGCGGGGGCUCGCCCUGCAGCCUCCCUCUCUGUGAGUUCUCCUCCUCACCCUGUUCCCAGGGAGCCAGAUUCCUUGCCACAGAACAUCAGGAGCCAGGCCUGAUGGGAGAUGGAAUGUACAACCAAGUCCGACCCCAAAUUAAAUGUGAGCAGUCUUACGGAACCAACUCCAGUGACGAAUCCGGAUCGUUCUCGGAAGCAGACAGUGAGUCGUGUCCUGUGCAGGACAGGGGCCAGGAGGUCAAACUUCCCUUUCCUGUAGAUCAAAUCACAGAUCUCCCGAGGAACGACUUCCAGAUGAUGAUUAAGAUGCACAAGCUGACCUCAGAACAGUUAGAGUUCAUUCACGACGUCCGGCGGCGCAGCAAGAACCGCAUCGCGGCCCAGCGCUGCCGCAAGAGGAAACUGGACUGCAUUCAGAACUUAGAAUGUGAAAUCCGCAAAUUGGUGUGCGAGAAGGAGAAGCUGCUGUCCGAGAGGAACCAGCUGAAAGCGUGCAUGGGGGAGCUGCUGGACAACUUCUCCUGCCUCUCCCAGGAAGUCUGCCGCGACAUCCAGAGCCCCGAGCAGGUCCAGGCCCUGCAUCGGUACUGCCCUGUCCUCAGACCCAUGGGUCUCCCUCCAGCCUCCAGUAUUAGCCCCGCGCCCUUGGGCGUGGAGCAGAACCUUGCCGCCCCUCCGUGCGCGGUUGGGGACACCGUGCCCUGCUGUUUGGAGCAGGGUGCCGCGCCGCCCGGGCCCCCCUGGGCCCCCGGCAACGCCUCCGAGAACUGUACUUCUGCGCGGAGGCUGGAAGGCACUGACCCAGGAACCUUCGCGGAGAGAGGGCCUCCUCUGGAACCCAGGAGCCAAACGGUGACCGUGGACUUCUGCCAGGAAAUGACUGAUAAGUGUACAACCGACGAGCAGCCCAGGAAGGAUUACACCUAGUGACGCGGCCCGCCUCCGCGUCCUCACACCUCCCCACCAGGUGGCGCUGUCCAGCUGUCGUCUGGAAGAACCGAGAAGGAAUUUGGUGCACACUACAGCGGUCUCAGCAGCAAUACUGUUUGCAAGUAUUCCCUCCUCUCUCCACGCAGGAGUGAUCGUUACCUUCACAAUGGUGCUACCCCUUGCCCCGGCAAGGAAAGACAACAGUGGUGACACUGUCUGUCUGUGGGUUAAUUUCAGUCUUAACAGGGAUAGACUAUAACACCUCUAGGACCCAACCACGGAUUUUUUUCUCAGUGGCCCAUGUCACAAACCCUAUCUCAGGAAUUUCUUCUGAAUGUUCAAUUUUUUUCAUUGAAGACAGCUUCUAUACACAUCAAAGUUUUAUAGCUAGACUGUACAUAUUAUAUAUAAUAUAUAUAUGAAAUAUAUAUCUCUCCAUAUGCAAAAGUCCUGCAUGCCUCAACUUUCUCAUCCUAAAACUGGAAACUUCAUUUCUCAUUGACAGACAGGUUCCAGCAUUCCUCUUUUUUUGUCUCUGAUGCUAGAACUAGUUUGGCAACUGUUAACAUGGUCUUUUUUUUUUUUUCUUGCUUCACAGUUCAACUUCGAUUUGUACUUAUUUAUGGACAGAAUUCGAUGUUGGAAGUCUUCAUUUUGAGGUUUUUGUUUUCAGACAGCCUUUUUCUGUUUGGGUUUGGCACCGUCAGGUGGUGUCAUCUGAGUUGGUGGGUUUGUUGUUUGUUUCUGCAGACACUGUACAGUCAUGGUCAACUUUGCCACUUGCACUGAGUUUGGGGUCAAACCUAUUUUCUUAAAUGAAGUUGUAACUUCCGUAUAACUCGAGUAUACUGUAUAUUCUUUGCUUUUAGUUUAAAAGUAAAACACUUUAGCUCAUUAAAAAACCACUCA